AUGAAAGGCAUCAUAAACGUCAGUCCGUCGUCCUCGCCGCCGGAUUUCUCACCUUUGGCAAUCGACGCAGACCUGGCACCCCUCCCAGAGUACAAGGCGGCGGGGGAGACCAAGAUCGACUUUGGCGGCCUGCUCCCCGCGACGGCGCCGCUGCGGCUGCACGAAGACCUCAGCUCGGGAUGCGGCGGCCAGCUUUGGCCGGCGGGAAUGGUGUUAGCGACACACAUGCUGCGAGACCGCAGGAGCUCCAUCGGGCGCGAGAGGAUACUGGAGCUUGGCGCCGGCGGCGGCCUCGUGUCGCUGGCCGUGGCGCGGGGCUGCGACAUCGAGACGCCGAUGCUGAUAACGGACCAGCUGGAGAUGUUGGCCCUGAUGGAGCACAACAUCCGCCUCAACGAGGUGGAGGACAAGGCCAAGGCUUUGAUCCUCAACUGGUACGUGCUGGUGGUGGUGCCCCUUGACUUGUCCGUGAUUGCCCCAGAAGAGAAACUGGGUGAGCCGCUCCCACAACAAGUAAUCGACCUAAAGCCGACGGUGGUCCUCGCGGCCGACUGCGUCUACUUUGAGCCCGCGUUCCCGCUGCUCCUCCAGACGCUGACGGACCUGCUGGCCCUGUCGCCGCCCAAGGAGUGCACCGUCUACUUUUGCUUCAAGAAGCGGCGGCGAGCAGACAUGCAGUUCCUGAAAAAGGCGCAAAAGAUGUUUUCGGUCGUCGAGGUUCCCGAUCAGGACCGACCCGUCUUUAGCCGACAAAACCUGUUCCUCUACGCCAUCACCAGCAAGGAGGAGGCGACGAGGGUGACGACAAGUUGA